AUGCCUACAAGCUUACCAACUACUCGGGAACCACUACGUACCCAGCUCAUAUUGACAUCAUCCCCUCCUCAUCUCCUGGCCAGUCAAGCAACUCGAUGUUCAAUAUGGCUUCGACGAGGCUACGCUACAGAGGCUUACUUGACUCGACAUGUGCCAGGCAGCGAGCCGGCACCUUUUCCUCAUGAUCGAACUCAUAUCAGUGAUGCCAAAUUCGAACAAGAUAAAAAGUCAAAACUGGCACUCGAAGUACGCUGGCUGAAGGAUCCUGUGAAGCUGGCAGACCACACGGUCAAAUUGCUGCGAGAAGACCAAUUCGAGAAAGCACUGGACAUUGUCAGACUGGCCAGCAGAGAUGUGGUGUCUACCGUUAGCUGGAAUCAUCUCAUUGACUAUGAGAUGAGUAAAGCGAGGGUUCCCAACGCUGUCAAGCUGUAUAAUGAGAUGAAGAAGCGUGCGCAGCUGCCUGAUGCCUAUACCUUCACUAUACUCUUCCGCGGCUUCUCCUGGUGUCCUCCAAAUCCGCAGAUCUGUUCCCGUGCUCUCUCAAUAUACCAGUCCAUGUUCGCCGAGAACAGCCCUGUCAGGCCGUCGAUCAUUCAUACCAACGCGGUCCUGAAAGUCUGUGCUCUGGCACACGACGUUGAUGCCCUCCUAGGCAUUGCGGCCGAGUUACCUACUCGUGGCAGUGGUGCUCCCAACAACCUCACUUUCACAACCAUAUUGAACGGUAUACAGAGUAAGGCAGUUGAAGAGACCAAUGGGCAAAAAGCAACUUCCAGGGGGGAAGGUACGGGAAGAAACAAAAUAAGAGCGCUAGCAGUUCACCAAGGACGAAGGAUCUGGGUGGAUGUCAGACAACGCUGGAUGAGCGGAGAUCUAUACCUGGAUGAGAAACUCGUCUGUGCCAUGGGAAGAUUGUUGUCGCUUGGCGGUGAGCCUCAAGAUCUUGACGACAUCCUUUCGCUACUCGAGCAGACAAUGGGUUUACCACGACAAGUAGCCAGGCUAGCCGAUCCAGCUCUCGGAAGAGCUGGAGAAGCCUCUGGACCUAAUGACGACCUGGAGCUCCUACCCCGUUCACCAGCCAACGUGGAGCUCGAGGCUGUGCUGUCGUCAUCAAGAGAGGAAGACGACUUCCCCGAAUUGCCCAGCGAUCCAUUAGCUCCUCUUCCCAAAGCCGCUGGGGCAACUCAGUCAGCCGUACGUCCCGGCCGCAACACCCUCUCCCUUGUAGUAGACGCAUGUAUUCGCCUCAAAUAUGCCCGUGCUGCGCAGAACUACUGGGGCCUCCUCACCUCACCUGAUAGCUACAACAGCAUCAUUCCCGAUAGCGAAAAUUAUCACACGUAUCUACGUCUACUCCGUCUCCGACGAUCCGCAAAGCUCGCCGUUGAGCUUGUCGACGAGUUGACAUCUGGCGAUUUGACAGGCAAGGCAGGUGUGGAGACGAAGACAUUCAGAAUCGCUCUGAGUUGUUGCGUCAGGGAUAAUAAGAAUAGAAACUCGAUAUUUCAUGCGGAAAAGCUGGUCAAGAUAAUGACGGAGACCCUAUCUUAUCCGGACGCUAAGGCUCUGGGCAUGUACCUUCAAGUUGCGCUCCUCCAGAAGCCUCGAGAUUGGCGCGUUAUCAUGAGCGCUAUUCGUGGCUGCGAGCUUGGAGUGAGGAAUCUACGCAGUCUAAUAGCUUAUGAGCCCGCUGGGCCCCGGAAGCAGAACGAAGAGGAUAUCUUAGAGCUAGUGAGGGGACUGAUUAGUGCGAUUGAUGUAGUGCUCGAUCUUGGUAAUGAGGAGAUUGAUGGUAAAGAGAAGAAGAGGUGCAGAGAGCGGAGGCAUAUGCUGGCGGCAUACGUUACGAGAACGCACCAUCGCCGUGUGGCGGAGGGGAAAAGUCAUGAAGUUAAAAAGGGGGAGGAUGAGGGUACGGGCGGGAAGGUUUUAUCUCCCAAGAGAAGCAGAAGUGGAAGGAGGAGUGAUGACCACCCAAAUUUGGAUGGGGAGGGUGAGAAUGACGGCUUUGAGGGUGAAAGGAAUGAGGCUGUGGCUCGAAGGCCGGCAGAGGAGGUCAGUGAUGGGAUUCUCGGGCCUGGGAGGGGCGGAUGGAAGAGGGAAUGGGAACCGAGAAGGAGGGUGCAGGGAUGGGAGAAGAAGGAUAGGGAGACGAUGGAUAGGGAAAGUGUGGAUAGGGGGUGGGCGUGGAAAUUUCAGAAGGGACGGAAUGACGAACGGGCAGAAAGGUAUUAG